CCACGGAGACCCACCCCCGCGCCGAAGCAUCAUGCUGGUCAUGGAGGAUGAUCUUCUCGUCGCGCGUCCCUUCAUAAGGGGCGGCCAUAUACUUGCCACCGUCUCGCAAGACAGCAAGGAACAGCAAGCAAGCCAGACAUGAAGACCACACCGCUAUCGCUGCUACUCGUCGUCGCUGCAACGCUGGCUGCGGCACCCGCCGCGCUCGGCCGCAGCAUCAACAUCACCGGCAACGGCGGCUGGGAGGCGGCCCUCGCGCGCGCCAGGCACGCCGUCGCCCAGCUCGACCUCGCGGAAAAGGUCAACCUGACCACGGGCAUUGGCUCCGUCGGCCGCUGCGAGGGCACGCUGGGCCGCGUCGACAAGCUCGGCAUCCCCGAGCUAUGCUUCCAGGACGGGCCGACGGGCGUGCGCGCCAGCGACUUUGUCACCGUCUUUCCCGCCGGCGUCACCACCGCCGCCACAUUCAACCGGGACCUGUUUGAGGCGCGCGCCGAGGCCAUGGCUGCCGAGUUUCGUGCUAAGGGCAUCCACGUGCUCCUGGGCCCCGUCACCGGCGGGCCCCUCGGCCGGUCGCCGUACCAGGGCCGCAACUGGGAGGGCUUUGGUGCCGACCCGUUCCUCGUGGGCGAGGCCGCCUAUCGCUCGGUGCGCGGCAUCCAGUCGCAGGGCGUCAUUGCCACCGCCAAGCACUUUCUCGUCUACGAGCAGGAGACGUUCCGCCAGCUGUACGCCGCCGACGACCCCUGGACGCUGAACCCGGAGAACAACACCGUCAACACCUACUCGGCCAACGUCGACGACCGUACGAUGCACGACCUCUACCUGCGCCCGUUCCAGAAUGCGGUGCGCGCCGGAGCGGGCUGCAUCAUGUGCGUCUACAACCAGAUCAAUGGCACCCAGGGCUGCGAGGCGCCCGCCGUGAUUGGCGGCCUGCUCAAGGACGAGCUCGACUUCCAGGGCUUUGUCGUCUCUGACUGGUCCGCCGUCUUCAACACGACGCCCGCCGUCAAUGCGGGUGUCGACGUCAUCAUGCCCGGCGGCGCCACCACGGGCGGCUACCGCAACCAGGUGGGCGGGCCUGCGCUGCUCGAGGCUGUGCGCGACGGCCAAGUGGACGAGGCGCGCGUCGACGACAUGGUCACCCGCUUCCUCACCCAGUACUACCUCCGCAACCAGGACAAGGACUACCCUGCGGUGAACUACAAGGACGGGUACAUGGGCACGUACCUCAACGGCACCCGCGUCAACGAGCACCGCAACGUGCAGGCGAACCACGCGGCCGUGGCGCGCGACAUCAACGAGGAGGCCAUCACGGUGGUGUUUAACCACAAGCGCGCGCUCCCGCUGAGCAAGCGCAGCAAGGUCGCCAUCUUUGGCUCCGACGCGGCCACGAACCCGUACGGCAUCAACGGCUGCGAGGCCUGGAUUGGCGCCGGCUCGAACCUGUGCCCGGGCAACCGCACCACCAACGGCACCAACGCCAUGGGCUGGGGCUCCGGCGCGGGCUACUUCCCCUACCUCAUCGACCCCGCUGCCGGUCUGCAGGAGCACGUGCGCGCCGUCGGCUCCUUUGAGACCAACUUCAACGACUACGACCUGACGGGCGAGAACCUGGCGCAGAUUGAGCGCUUUGCCCAGAUCUCCGACGUCGCCCUCGUCUUUGUCCAGGCGCGCUCGGGCGAGGACUCGGACCGGACGUCGCUUGCGCUCGAGGCCAACGGCGACGAGCUCAUCGCACGUGUCGCCGCGCAGAACAACAACACCAUCGUCGUCGCCCACAUCGUCGGGCCGACGUACCUGGACGCCGUCUUUGACAACGAAAACGUCUCAGCCCUCGUCCUGCCCCAUCUCCCCGGCCAGGAGUCGGGCAACACGCUGGCGAGGGUGCUGUACGGCGACGUGAACCCGUCGGGUAAAGUGCCGUACAGCAUCCUGCGCAGGGACGAUGCGUCGCACUACCCCAACAUCACGCGCCAGAGCGCCGCCGACGGCACCAUUCCCGUCGAUUUCACCGAGGGCGUCUUUGUCGACUACCGCAAGUUUGACCGCGACGGCGUCACGCCCCUCGUCCACUUUGGCCACGGCGUCUCGUACACGACGUUUGACUUUGGCGCCACGUCGGCCCAGGCGGCCCCGGCCGGCGACUACUACCCCACCGAGGUGCCGUCGUCGUCAAAUAAAAAGGCGCCGGGUGGGCCCAACUCGCUGUGGGAGUACGUGGCGACAGUCGAGAGCAGCGUGUCCAACACGGGCAGCCGCGACGGCAAGGAGGUCGCCCAGCUCUAUCUCUCGUUCCCCGACUCGGUCAAGGGCGUGCCCAAGAAGCAGUUGGCCGGCUUCGAAAAGGUGCACGUGGCCAAGGGCCAGACGGAAAAGGUCGCCUUCCAGCUGACGAGGCGCGACUUUGCCAUCUGGUCCGUCGAGAAGCAGGAGUACGUGGUGCCCGACGGCGAGUACACGGUCCGCGUCGGCGCCAGCGCAGACGACGACCAGCUGCGCUCCUCGGCGAAGCUCACGAUGAAAGACGGGCGUGUGUCCUCAUGAAGCCAAGUGCGCCUCUUCGGUACUUGAAGAAGAAAAAGAGCAUGUCACCCGUCUUGAACAGUAACUGCAC